AUGUACAUUCUUUUCUUCGCUUUUAUUUCGUUUGUCCUCUCGGAUAUCUAUCGAGUUUAUAAUACGAAUCAAUUGGUCAACGAGAAUUUGUGUUUUUCCGGAGAUUACACGGGAGACCCGGAUAAAGUUGAUGAAUUUCCAUGUGAUGAUACAAAUUGCGGGUUGUUUGUCGAAUAUCCAGGAUACGCGAAAAAAUUGAAACGACAACGGUUGAUCUUUUUGACGUGCGGUGAUGGGCAUGGAGUGUGUGAAGGAGGGGAACAUCCACCGCAACGGGAAUUCUGGGAGGGUCGAGACGGAAAAGUGAUUAAGGGGACAAUGGAUUGUUGUCAAGGAAAGCUUUGUAAUGCACCGAAUUUCACUAUGCUCAAUUAUUAUUUGAAAGAUCAAGAGGUGAUGAAAAGGAAAUGGAAUGAUGAGGGUGAUGGAGAGGAGUCUUCAAGUGUGGCGAACUUAAAAUUUGCUUCAACGAUUUUGAUCAUUUUAUUGAAGAGAUUCUUU